AUGUUUACUCUUCUUCGAAAUCUAAAGGUAAAAAGGACUUGCACGGCUGUAUGGAAACGAUGGUCUUCUUCCUUAAGUAGUGAUUCUUUUGCAUAUUCUCCGCUAGAAAUGCCAAAACAAUCCGUACCUGACUUUUCAUACAAACAACAAAAGCGCAUGGUUUAUUGUAUCAUUAGCUACCGCGGUACUGGGUAUGCCGGUCUUCAGUAUAACAAUGCAACAAAAACAAUACAAGAAGAGAUCUUUCGUGCUUUCUGUAAAAUCGGUGCCAUCUCCCACUUAAACGCAGAUAAUCCUCGAAAGGUUCAUGUUCGUUCUGCAGCUCGAACGGACAAAGGCGUGCAUGCAGUCUUAAACGUCUUGGGAUUAAAAUUGUUAGAUUAUGCUGGCUCUUUUCAGCCUUGGGUUUCACUGGUUAAUGAGCAGCUUCCGGAAUCAAUCCGCGUUUGGAAAAUUGAAAGGACAUUAAACUCAUUUUCUCCUCACAAGGCCUGUAAUAGUCGUCUUUAUGAAUAUUGGAUACCUGCUUUCGCAGUCGCCACACCAUCCCCCUUCUCUCUAGAUUCCUUGUUAUUUAUGAAGCAUUUUCAUUCAUCUACUGUUUAUCAAGAAAAAGUUUUUGAAGUCAUCCAAAAACUACACUCUGAAGAGAGUUCUACGUCUUAUCCCUUCCGGAUAUCUUCCUCAAAGCUGGAAUGCUUGAAAGAGGCAUGCUCGCUAUUUCAAGGAACCCAUUCUUUCCAUAAUUUUACUACUGAAAAACCGUUUGGAGAUCCAAGUGCACGCCGCUAUAUGCUUCGUAUCUUCAUUGAUUCUAUUCAUUAUGAUAAAUACAAUCGUCAGUGGUUAAAGCUAGUAUUUCAUGGGCAAUCUUUUAUGAAACACCAAAUUCGGAAAAUGGUCGCAAUUCUCAUAUAUUUGACACGCUCUUACCCGUUCGCAAAUCCAUCUCAAAUAAUCCCUGCAACCAUACAAAAUCCUGCUCGUCUUCAUAUUCCUAAAGCACCUCCUGAAACUCUUCUUCUCAAAGAGCCCAUCUUUCAUUCUUUUCAGAAUCGCUGUGAGCAAUUCAACUACGAGCCGUUAGAAUGGUCAUCUUAUAAUGAUGAUAUUGCCCAAUUUGCAAAUCACUAUCUUCGAACGCCUAUGCUGGACAAUUUUGUUUUUACGGAUUCAUACUCAAAAUUUUUCAUGUCGCAGAAGCAAGAUCGGCUACUUCAUGAGUUUGCUUCAGCAAUGCACCAAGCGUCAUCUAAAUCUAUAAGUGACUAA